UGUGUUCUCGAACAUUUAGACCUCCAAUGGCGACUGUUUCCCGCCAGCACAGCAUGCCGAGCCUUAUGGAAGACGGAGAAGAGCACAGUCAUGCGUGCUGCGAUCGGAAGCGCAGUCCUGCACAAUUCGAAUUGGGAGCCGGCACCCGUGUCACCGGCCAAGGGGGGGAGCUCGCAGCACGGCGAAAAAACAACAGGGCCCGCACACAGUCUGCCCACCGCGGGUGCGCCCGCAGCGGCCUCACAGGAGGCCCUCGGAUUUUCACAACUCCCAAUUAUAAUCUUAGGUCGGGCCUGUUCCCCUACAGGGGGAUUCAAAGCGAAACAUAUAUUAGGGACAGGCCCGACUUAAUUAUAAUCUGGCGCGCCGCACGACUGGGCGAUUCACCACCCAGCUUGGAGCCAGCUUCCCUGCCGGAGCGCACGGAGGCGGAGAGGAGAGGCCGAGGCUGGCGAGUCCCAGAGGAGGAAGAAGAGGAACAUCGUGCAAGGACACGGGAGCCUCCGCCGGCGGAGCCGAAGGAACCUUCGAGGGUGCCCUCCACCAGCGUGCACGUGAGCAUGCAGCAGGCGCGAAGAGAACAUUGGGGCCCGACCUAACAUUGGGGCUCCCUCCCCGAGCCGACCCCGGCCGGGCACCUCGGCCCCCCGUAUGGGGCCGAGGGCGCCGGGGCCGCUCAGGGCAGCAGCGCGAGGGCGAACGCCGCCCGCCACAGCGCCGCCGCCAGGCUGGCGUGCGGCGCGGGGGCGGAGCUGCCCUCGGGGUCCGAGUCCGAGGCGGAGCCGUUGGAGUCGGAUGGCCCAGGCCCCCGCGAGUCACGACGCGGAUCACGGCGCAGGGCCUUUCGCUGGUGUGGGCCUCCUUGGGGCCCUCGCCUGGCCUCGGGGCCGUCGGCAAGGGGGCUCGGGAGGAGGAGCUGGUCCCCGGGGAUGCGGUCGGGGCCUCGGGGCCGUCGGCAGAAAGACGCGGGACGAAAAACCGGUCCAGGGGAGGUGGUCAAGACCUCGGGAGGUCGACGCCGUGAAAAAAUCAUGAUGUCGGGGGUCUGGGGAGGCGGAGUCGUCGGAGUCGGAGGAGGUGAAGUCGCAGCCGAGCUUCUCGGACACCACCGGGGAGACCAAGUGCAGGAGGCUACGGCACGACCUCUCGCGGGCGGCGGUCUCCCGGUAGCCCAGCUCCACCAGGUUCUCCAGGAAGGUGGCGACCUCCUGCGGCGCCUCCGGCGUCGCCAUGCUUAGGAUCGGAAGUAUCCUCACAGUGGUGUUCAGGAGGCCGUCCACCUUGGUCAGGUUCACAUGGUAGCUCAGCAUGUAGUCUAUGAUGGGCGCAGCCUUGCUGCACAGCUCGUCCUGCGGCGUUGCCCUGAAAACCGCGUGGUCGAACGGGGCGGAGACCGCGUCGCUGGCGAUGAACAUGCCUACGACUGGCUGCACGGCCAACCGCAGCUUCUCUGGCAUAGAGGCCUCCAUUCGGUUGUAGAUCUUGGUCACCUCGCUGUCGUGGGCAGCCUGCGAAGACAGCGUCAAGUUGAAGUAGUUGGCCAGAAGAGGGACGAAGUCCUGCGCCGAGAUGCCGCGGCUGAGCUGCACCAGACCGACGUCCAGCUCCCUGGCCCGCUGGGAGAAGCUGGAGACCAGGGCCUGCAACUCUCCGAUGCUCGCGUCUACGCUGUCCUGGAAACCGGAGGAGUUUGACAGGAGGGCAUCCUGGAGGGCCGACAGCAUCUGCAUCAUGUCCUCGGUGGAGACAUCGGCGUCCGAGUCUGUCUUGUAAACCACUCGUCUCUCCGCCUCGCCCGCCAGCCUUUGCUUGACGGCGAGCGCGCCCCUCCGCGGGCCCACGAGGGCUGUGCAGAGCAGAGCGAGGCGGAGGCCGGAGAUCGCCAACCCGUGUGGCAUGGCCGAGGAGUCUUAUGUGCCCACGCCGGGCAUCGACACUUCGGGGGAACCCUGUCAAGCCUGCGGCACUUCCUACAGAAUAUGGAGUGUGGUGCCUGAACCGGCUCGGGACAGAAUGACUGCGGACGACAGGCACGGAGGAGGAGGAGGAGGAGGAG